AUGCCUGAUAAAGAAAAGACUUCAUUGGAAGUUAAUCAACGUGAUUUAAUAGCUUCUUCAACAAAUAGCACGGAAAAUUCAUUCGGUGAACCAGCCGUUUACUACCCAAACCAAAAUGAACUAAAUGCCACUAACGAGAAGAAAUCCCGAUCAGGAAGUAUAGCUUCGAUAUCAAAAAAGUCCCUAGAUCAAGUACGAAAAAGUUUACAUGGUAACCAAUCGUAUAGUAACACAGGAGAAGACCACAACCAGUACUCAGUACAUCAAAUCUAUGGUGAUUUGGAUAGCGAUGAAAUCGAACUUCAACGAAUAGCAACCAGGAGGAGUGUCUUGGGUGAGAUUGAACAAAAAAUUGUUGAUGAAGUUGACGAUGAAGAGUUGAAUGAAAAAGGGUUAGAUGAUGGAGUGAUUGAGGAUCAAGUUCUACCUAUUGCUCAACAUGGAGAAGAUUUCAUCAAGAUUGAUCCGGAAUUAAUUACCUGGAACGGGGCUGAUGAUCCAGAAGAUCCUAGAAAUUGGUCUGCUUCGUUGAAAAUUUUCCUUUUGGCAUUUGUUUCCUUGUAUGCUUUAGUUGCACCAAUGUCAUCUAGUAUAUUGUCACCGGCAAUGAGUGAGAUUAGCGUGGCGUUUGGCAUAACUUCUGAAGUUGUUCAAGCAAUGGUUGUUUCAAUACAGAUAUUAGCAUGGGCUUUUGGACCUCUAAUUAUUGCUCCAUUAUCUGAAUAUGACAACAUUGGUAGGAAAUUAGUAUUGGAUGUAUCGUGUUGGAUGUCGUUGUUUUUCAACUUGGGUUGUGCAUUUUCCCAAAAUACGGCACAAAUGAUGGUUUGUCGAUUCAUUGGCGGAUUAUUUGGCUGUGUCCCAAUGAAUGUGUGUGCUGGAGUAAUCUCCGACUUGUUCGAUGCCAAUCUGAGAAAUGCUGCAUUGGCUGGAUAUUCUUUAGUUCCAUUAUUGGGACCAGUCAUUGCGCCAUUGAUUGCUGGAUUUAUUGUUGAUCACAUACAAUGGAGAUGGUGCUUUUACGUCUUGUGUAUGUUUAAUGGUGCUGUGGCAAUUGCAGCCACUUUGUUUUUCAAAGAGACUUAUGCACCAACAUUGUUGAAACGUAAAGCACAAAGAUUGAGAAAGAGCACUGGUAACUCUAGUUUACACACAAUUUAUGAAAUAACCAACGAGGGAGAAACAACAUUUGGCAGAUUAUGGUUAUGCAUUGUUCGUCCUGUCAAUUUACUCCUAACUCAUCCGAUGGUUAUUGGAUUAGGAUCCUUUAUGGCAUUCACUUAUGGAUUCAUGUACCUUUUAAUUGUGACGUUUCCACAGAUCUUUGAAAAACAAUACGGGUUCAGUAAAAGUGUUACUGGAUUAAUGUAUCUUCCCAUGGGUUGUGGAUUUGUAUUAGGAGUGGUUUUUUGGACAUUUAUGGUUGGAAGAGUGUACAAAAAAUUGACAAUUGCCAAUGGUGGAGUAUCCAAACCUGAAUUUAGAUUACCUUGUUUAAUUGCCUGUGCUGUGUUUAUACCAGUAGGGCUAAUAUGGUUUGGUUGGUCAGCACAAAAGGAAUUACAUUGGAUUAUGCCUGGAAUUGGAUCAGCAAUUUUUGCAUUUGGAUUGGUUUGUGUUUUCCAAACUAUUCAAAAUUAUUUAAUUGAUAUGAAUGUUCGAUUUGCUGCUAGUUCAGUUGCAGCAGCUGCAUUGUUUAGAAGUUUGUUUGGAUACACAUUCCCAUUAUUUGCUAGAAAAAUGUAUAGCGCAUUGGGAUAUGGUUGGGCAAAUACAAUGUGUGCAUUUAUUGGUAUCUUAUUGGGAGUACCAUUUCCAAUCUUUUGCUACUUGUAUGGUGAGAAAUUGAGAGAGUCAUUUAAUAAGAAGUUUGAAAUUAAACAACAACAGAGAGAUCAAAAGAAUUUGGAGAGGUUGAGAAGAAAAAAUGGUGAUGAUAGUUGUAUGGUUUGA